UCUUUAUUCCUACUGCACUGCCAGAACGAGACCCGAGCUCCAUCUUCGACCGACCUCCCAUUCCCCCAUCCCUCGACGGGGCCGCAGCGACACCGUUCUCGAGUCCGGCCGACCGUCACGAAUCCCGCUGUUUCCCCACAACUCCUUGACGAACACCUCGACGGAGGGGCCCGACCGGCCUCCCACUCGGCAACCAUGGGCUUCGGCGACUUCACCAGCAUCUGCCACAUGGCGCCGCUGCCCCUCUGCUCCUCAAUAGGCCCGAUAACGUCGAUCGCCAGCGGCGUGGGGAUAGAGCCAGACUGCUACGCGCGCAACAUUGAGCUGGCAAAUACCAUCAUCUUCCAGGGCGCCACGAGCGCCAUGCACAUAAUCGCGCUUGUCAUGACCGUCUUCAUGGUCCUGCAUGUGCGCGGCAAGUUUACGGCAGUCGGCCGCAAGGAAAUCACGACAUUCUUCUACCUCUACAUGCUCCUCACCUUCCUGUCGCUCUGCAUCGACGCCGGCGUAAUACCACCCGGGUCUGCGCCCUACCCGUACUUUGUCGCCGUACAGGCUGGGCUGACGUCGGCCCUGGUGACGUGCCUGCUGGUCAACGGCUUCGUCGGCUUCCAGCUGUACGAGGAUGGCACGCCGCUCUCGCUUUGGAUGCUGCGGCUCUGCUCGGCCGCCGCCUUCGUCAUCUCGUUCCUCGUUGCGCUGGCGACCUUCAUGUCGUGGGCUGGCCUGGGCCCGACCAACCAGGUCGGUCUCUUCGUGGUGCUGUACCUGCUCAACGCGGUGCAGCUGCUGGUAUACGUGGUGCUGCAGAUCUUGCUGGUGACGCGCACGCUGCAGGACCGCUGGCCGCUGGGCGACAUCGCCUUCGGCGUCUUCUUCUUUGUCGUCGGCCAGGUGAUCCUGUACGCGGCCAGCACGCCCAUCUGCAACGCUGUUAGCCACUACCUGGACGGGCUUUUCUUCGCCACCACGUGCAACCUGCUCGCGGUCAUGAUGGUGUACAAGUACUGGGACUCGAUCACUAAGGAGGACCUGGAGUUCUCGGUCGGCACGCGCUUGAACAAUUGGGAGGUCAAGGACCUGCUGCCCGAGGAGGACCGCCGCGCCACCGUCUACAACGACGACCCCUUUGGCCAUUCGACCGCGUACGAUAACUCGUACUCGCCGAGUCCGCACAGGCAUUCGCGGUACUGAUGACCCCGCGUCGA